AUGGCAAAGCACAGAUCUGAUGGCGGGCUAGGGUUCAAAAUUUUUCAUACGUUUAACUUGGCCAUGCUUGGGAAGCAGGGCUGGCACAUUAUCACUAAGCCUCAGUCCUUAGUGGCCCGUGUCUUUAAGGCUCGCUAUUUUUUGACAAAGUCUUUCUUUGAAGCUCCUUUGGGAAGUAACCCUAGCUUCUUGUGGUGCAACAUAUGGGAAACUCGGGGUCUGAUUCGAGCCGGGGCUUACUGGAGGAUUGGGAAUGGUCGGUUAGUUUCAGUCUGGGGGCAGCUCUGGUUGAGAAAGUUGCCUGAGUCUCUGGUUUCCACAAUCCCUCCUCCAAACUAUGCUGGAAUUGUUGUUUCAAAUCUCAUAAUUAACCACAGAUGGAACGAGAGUUUAAUUGCACAGAUGUUCAAUAAAAGAGACAGAAGUUGUAUUUUGAACAUCCCUCUUAGUCCUUUAUCGUGUUCUGAUGCAUGGUGCUGGAAAUUUGAGUCCAAAGGUUAUUAUUCGAUUAAGAGUGCAUAUAGGCUCCUGGUUGAUGGCUUUCAACAUAGGGAAGGGUGCGAGAUAUGGAAAAGGUUUUGGAAAGCUAAAGUUCCCCCAAAAGUGCUUAAUUUCUGCUGGCGGGCUCUAGUUAAUGCUGUCCCUUGCCUCUUGUCGCUUCAGUCCAAGAGAGUCCCGGUUGAUCUUUCAUGCCCGUUGUGUCAUGCAGCCCUUGAGAAUGUCUUGCAUAUUAUGAUUCAGUGCCCUUUUGCCGCAGCUGCUGGUUAA